GGGGCUCCGGUCGCCGCUUGGGCUUGCCGGCACGGGACGCGGACCGGCAUUUACUUGUGUGCUUCCCCCAGAAGUACAGGCUCGCUUGGGAAAAGCGCCCACCGGGACAAGCGUAGCUGAGUUGUUACGGUUGCGAAACUUUCCGGAGAGCGUGGCGGUGCCGCCGAGGUAGCCCCUACGGAAAGCCACGGUGAGCGCCGCGGUAGCUGCCGUGAGACAGCGGUGUCCACUGCGCUGGUCUGGUGUGGGGAAGGUAACUCCGUCGGUGCGUUUCUUUCUGCCAUAAACCGCUCAUGUCCUGUGCCUGAUGCCGAGAGCGCCCGGGCUGCUCGGAGGCGGACGAGGUAGGAGGAUACAUGUUCACUUCAAGUAGAAAGGAGCAUGUUCCCAAAUUCCUCCAACUUGGGUCGUCCACCCUUCCCUCCAAAACAUCAGCAACAGAGUAAUUUCUUCACUAAGCUUCCUCUAAAUACACCACCUGCCCUUGUCUCUCACCAGCAAAGUACUGAUGCUCAGUUUAAUUUUCAGAAUGCAGCUCUUUCCAGGGCUCUUCUGAGCGGGAAUCUUGUGACUGUUCCAGCUGUUACACUGCAGCCAAUGACUUAUGGAAAUGGUGGUCCAGUACAUGUAUCCGAUGUCCCCACAUCAUUCCGAGGAAGAAAGAGACGAAGUGAACAAAGUCUUCCGCAUGAUACCAAACGUCGACGGUUUCAGUCACAUCAUUCUGAAACACCUGUAGUUAACCAAGCAGUGCCUUUACCAGAAGAACGUAGAUACUCCUUCCCAGGAUCAAUUCAGUCUCCACUGUUCCAUGCGCGUUUCGUACCAAAUGUGACUGGAUGUGUCCCUCCAUUGCGAGAUACUUUGUUUCCAGACCCCAUAGAAACCGCGCUCCCUGUGGCCAAAGAUAAGUUAAGUCAGCAGGUUUUGGAGUUGUUUCAAGCAUGUCAGCAACAGACCUGUGAUUUGAACAGAAAAGAGCUCUGCAGAACAGAACUCCAGAGGGAAAUUCAGCUAAUCUUUCCACAGAGCAGACUAUUUUUGGUUGGGUCCUCACUGAAUGGGUUUGGCACUCGUACCAGCGAUGGUGAUUUGUGCCUGGUGGUUAAAGAAGAACCAGUAAAUCAGAAGACUGAAGCAAGACAUAUACUCAGCUUAGUCCAAAAACUCUUCAGUACUAAACUUUCAAGCUACAUUGAGCGACCUCAGCUGAUUCGAGCAAAAGUGCCAAUAGUGAAGUUCAGGGAUAAAGUCAGCUGUGUGGAGUUUGACUUGAAUGUAAACAAUGUUGUAGGAAUAAGAAAUACAUUCCUUCUGAGAACCUAUGCAUACAUUGAGAAUCGAGUUCGUCCGUUAGUACUUGUUGUUAAGAAGUGGGCAAGUUUUCAUGACAUAAAUGAUGCCAGUCGCGGUACCUUAAGCAGCUAUAGUCUUGUAUUGAUGGUUUUGCACUAUUUACAGACCCUACCUGAACCCAUCCUUCCAUCCCUUCAAAAAAAUUACCCAGAAUCUUUUGAUCCUACUAUGCAGUUGCAUUUUGUUCAUCAAGCUCCAUGCACCGUUCCUCCUUACCUCUCAAAAAAUGCAUCAAGCCUUGGAGAUUUACUAAUAGGCUUCUUCAAAUAUUAUGCCACAGAAUUUGAUUGGAGCCGUCAAAUGAUUUCAGUUCGUGAGGCCAAAGCUAUUCCAAGACCUGAUGGUAUUGAAUGGAGAAACAAAUAUAUUUGUGUAGAAGAGCCCUUUGAUAGGACAAACACUGCUAGAGCUGUACAUGAAAAACAGAAGUUUGAUAUUAUCAAAGGUGAAUUUGUGAAGUCUUGGCAGGUAUUACGAGACAAGAAAGACCUGAGCUGUAUAUUACCUUUAAGAAGAACCAUACUGAAAAGAUAACCAAGUUCUUUCACUUUCUUCUUAUUGGAUCCUGCUGA